AGCCAUUUUCUAAAGCAGACGGGUCAGUUCAGGUGUGUCCUGGCUUAACCAUUAAACACAGACCUUAUCCAGGGAAGUUCCUCUGCUGACCUCCUCAGAUCACUCCACACUGAGAGUUUCACUGGCAGCAUUUGAUCAUCUCGCCUCUUGUUUUCUGGAGAAAUGUUGGAAAAGAUCAUUUUCCUGCUUUGUUUGUUGCCUGCGUUGGCAGAACAGCUCUGUGCUCCAGAUGCUUCAGAUGGAUACCAAGUUCGACUCAGCAUCCGGACUGCUCUGGGAGAUCAAGCUUACGUCUGGAAUGAAAAUGAAAUGUUCCUUUUCCGAGCGACUCUGGCUUUUGCCAUGAGGAAUCACAUCAGCGGGGAGGAGUUUGGAGUGUCAAACAUCAUUGUGUGCGAUGAGACUCCCAGAGUGUCCUUCUGGUUUGUGGUGACGUUGCCUCUGAACUCUUCACGCCUUGUUGAAAAAGAAGUUGUGGAGGAGGCCGUCAGGAAGUCCCGGGGUCGGAUCAACAGUGCCUUCCUGCUGACUGAUAAAACCCUGGAGUUUCUCGGCAUCCCUCCCACCCUGGCAGCACCAGUCAACCCUGACACCCCUCCAUGGCUCAUUGUGUUUGGGGUGGUCAUGGGUCUCGUGGGUGCUGGCAUCAUUAUUCUGCUGGUGUCCUCUCUGGUGAAGAAACGCAAAGGGGAGAAGCAAACCGGCGGCGAUGACAUCGAAGAAGAAACACGGGUGAAACCGGUGGAAAAUGGCGGCACAAAUGAGGGUGUUUACAACAUGUCAUUCUCAGAUGAUGAGCGAUUAACGCAGAUGUAAAACAAAAAAUCUUCCAUGUAAACAAUAAGAUGGGGAAAAAGUUAUUGAUGCUGCUGUUGUUGCACUGUAAAAUCUGAUCUUUUUGAAGAUUAUAGAUUUAUAGUUUUGUGAUUAUAGAUGUUUCUCAUUUAAAUGAUUCAAAUUUUUUUUAAAUCUAUAUAUUUGUACUCCGUCAUACAAAGAAACAAGCACGUGCACAGUGUUUUCAUUUUCCACAUGAAUGUAAACUUUUUGUGUCGAUGGAUCAAACAUCUGUUUGUGAAUAUUUUGCAGUAGUCUAUCUGUGAUCUGCUCUUUGGAAAGAAACUAACUCUUCUAUACGGAUCAUAUAUCACCAUGUACCAUAUACUUAUUUUUUGGGCAAACAGAAUGAGAUGGAAACAAGACAUGAAACUGGUCCCAUUUAAGAUUUUAAGACAGAUGCUAAUCAUGUGUGUGUAGUGCUGGAAUUUAUGAAAAAAAAAUGAAAUCUUGAUAUUUGUAAGACAUUAUAUGAUACACAGUAUAUAUGUAUAUAUAGAUGUAUAUCUAUAUUUUUCUAAUUGGAGACAGUUGAAGGCGAUUGACUAGUUGCUUAUUAUAUUUAACCACAUUUUUUGCUAAAUGUACUUGAUCCUUUUGCUUUAUAUUUGUUUGUCAUCAUGUGUCUUUUAGCAGACUAGAGUGACAGUGAACCCCCCCUGAACUUAGUGAUGGGUUUAGCUGCAGUAUUUCAAGCAGUGCUCGAGCUCAUUAUCAUCAUGGUUGGCAAAAAUGUUACUAGACACAAUUUACAUAUUGUCAUGACAGUCAGAGCAGAGCAGCAUCCUUUGUACUUCGUGUCCUCUGUGUUGUUUAAAAUCGAGUCCCUGACAUGUGCUGUGGUUUGAAAGUGAAAGGCCUCUGUACUACGCUGCAGUAAAACAUACAGCUUCACUUCUCACUUCUAGGCCACUGAACACACUUAGAAACACGAUGUCUUUCAUUGUUCCAGAUGAAACAUGCUCACAUGAUCUGUGUUCAGCAACUAAAAGUUUGUCAGUUUCAAACUUGACUUUACUGCCUCCCGCUGGACACUUUGGGGAAAGGAAUAGGUUCAUUAUCUUUUUCUUUUUUUCUGCAUUGAACUGUAAUUUUUUCCCCCCAGAUACUAAAAUGAUUCACUUGCAUAUGUUCACACAUGGAAAACCUCACAUCUUGUGAAUCAUCAUCUAUGGAUACUGGAUGUUUCAGUAAAAACAAACUGCCUGUGUCUGUGUA